UGACACGCACCGCCACGUGCACGUCAGCUCGCGCGCCCCGGCUCUACAGCAGUAGCAGCGGCAGCCGCGUUGUCCCGCACAACCGCACGAGCAGACGGCGUUCAGCACGGGACAGAAAUCCCGCACCCUCUCACUGCAGCAUGGCAGCGGAGUUUCAUAACCUUCAGGACAUGCAGCACACAGCAUCACUGGUAACAAAGGUGUUCAUACAGCGAGACUACAGUGACGGAACCGUGUGCCGAUUCCAGACCAAGUUCCCCACAGAGCUCGACAACAGGAUAGAGAGAGCUCUGCUUGAGCAGACAGUAAAGACGCUGAACUCCUAUUAUGUGGAGGCUGAAAAAGUUGGAGGUCAGUCAUACCUGGAAGGAUGCCUGGCUUGUGCAACAGCGUAUAUCGUCUUCUUCUGCAUGGAGACACGCUAUGAGAAGGUCUUGAAGAAGAUAUCAGGCUACAUCCAGGAGCAGAAUGAGAAGAUCUACGCUCCGAGAGGUCUGCUGCUCACAGACCCCAUAGAGAGAGGAAUGAGGGUUCUAGAGAUCAGCGUGUUUGAGGACCGGGGCUCAAGUGGCUCCAGUCCCAGCAGCAGCAUGUCAUCGUGCAGCACUGCUCGGUGACUGGAGGGGCAGUGCCAGGCUUACGGGUACCACCACAGGGGCAGCGGACCACUCACCAACAUCCGCAUGCUGAAACAUGAAAGCACCAGGUUCUAAACACAAGCAGAAAGACAGAAAGCCAAGGAGGUGAUCCACAAGAUAACCACCCUGAGAGAGGGAUCUGGCUUUUAUCAAAGCUGUGGCUCAACAUAACAGAACCUAUAUCAGCUUGUGACACACUGCAGUGUUCAGUGUCUAUGAAAGAAAACCUUUACUUCUUAAAAAGCUAUCCAAGUGAAUCAUUUUUGUUCCAUUUCAUCAUGCCUGUUACCGUGAGUCACAUUUUUGUGCUGUAGCUUGUUCUGUAAAGCUCACCUUUGAUUAGAUCUGUCGUCAUUGUGUGACUAGUAUCAUUUUACUGUUACUGUUAUUCUGUCUUCAUUUACAAUCAGGGUAUUCAGAAGUUUUUGCAGCAGCUCUGGCAUCUAAAAUGAGGAUGGUUUCCUGCCUUCCAGGAGACAGUGUUCUUGCUUCUUGCAUUUGUUUCAGGUAGUUGAAGUCAAAUCGCUUUGAAUGUUGGCUAAUUGGGCCAACUAAGGCCCAUGGCUUUAUUCAGAGGCAUUUGGCAUAAUUGUUGAACUAAGAACAGUUUGAUUUAUUAAUCUUUCUUAUUCACCAGAGUGGAUUAAGUGAUCCGCAGCACAGCUGUAGGUCAUGCUCCUACACACACAUAUGCAAACACAUUUGCAUACCAAGUCCAGACGUCAGAGAUGUAUAACAUGUACAUGCAGCAUAUGCUUUCAGACCCACAUGUAUAUGUGAUAUGUGCUUAUGCUUUCCUUUCACGCACUUAGAAUCUUGCAGAGUUUGGAUUUGAUGAAGGCAGAAAAUAUUUAAUAUGGUCUCAGUUGGGAACAACACAAACCCAGGCCCUGGAAAAUUGUCCUUUUAUCUGCAUGAUAGUUUGGAUGUCUGGCAGUGUUUAUGAUUUUGACUUCAGUUGCAGUCUAGUGUGAGAUGAAAGCUUGCAGAUCUUAACACUGUCAAAAACGUUUUCCCUAAACAGACUUUCUGGCUUCCUAAGGAAGCUGAGAGAGUGUGGGCUGUUGUCAGUGAAGCUGUAGACGGUACGGUCAUUAAGCAGAGAAAUGUUUCUGUUUGAGUGUAGGAGCUCGCAGGACAAGCAGCCCACACAGUAAAAGAACUGAACCUCUAGACUGUUUUUAAUGGCUGCCAUGUAGAUGCAGAUUGUAUUUACAUAUUAAAAACACAAACACAAAAGGGCAACAUGUAAAAAUAUUGUAAUAUACUGCAUCAAACUGGCACAUUCAGAGAAACAGAAAUGGUAAAACAAAACUACACCUUCUGUCCAUUCCAGGGUUUUGAAGUUGAGAUGAUUUACAAAGUUUUAAAUUGGUUAAAACCUCGGCAUUAAGGUACACCAAGGUUUUAUGUUUUAAAAACGUCAAAAAUCUUUCUGCUGCGGCACCCUUGAAGGUAAAACACUUUAAAGGUAUACUAUGCAACCGGGGUUGAUUUUCCAGCGAGGCUCCCCCCAGAGGGCGAAAGUAAAA